ACUAGGCGCGAAGCAGUUUGAGUUGGUGCGUAAACAUGAGAAUCAAAAUUUUAGUUCAUGGAGACAAAUUGUGAUGUAUACGAUGGCAGUUGUAAGCGUUCAAUUUGGCCAAUGCGGGAAUCAGAUUGGACACGAGUUCUAUUCGAUGCUUUCAGAGGACGAACGAGUGAAAGUUGGAAGUGACUACGCGGAGUGUGACAGAUGGUUCAGGAACAGUGCAUUUCACAAUAUUCGGACAGCUAGGGCUGUUCUGGUUGAUACUGAACAGAAAGUAAUUCAUAAGGUUUCAGAGAAUGGUGUUAAGAAUCGGUGUAAUUGGCGUUACAGUACUGAAAAUGUUGUGGCAAGUGACGGGGGCGCUGGAAAUAAUUGGGCUUUAGGCUACGUUGAAAGAGGACCCAAAAUGAAAGAUAGGGUAAUGGAAUGUGUGAGAAAGGAAAUCGAGGAAGCCGACAGUCUGACAAGCCUUCUAAUUAUGGCUAGCUCGGCGGGAGGUACUGGUUCUGGUGUUGGCAGUUGCAUUGCAGAAAACUUAAAGGAUGAUUACCCCAACAAACAUAUUAUUAAUAUUUUAGUACUGCCUUACAAAAACGGAGACGUAAUUACUCAGAAUUACAACACUUUACUCGCCUGUGCAAAAUUGUAUGACGUUUGUGAUAUGCAUGUACUGUUCCAAAAUGAUCAUCUGUAUAAAAUGGUUUCAAAUCUUAUAAAAACGAAAGAUAUCCACUUUAACGAUUUAAAUGCACUUAUAUCACUAAAAAUGAUGGCUGUAUUCCAGCCUGUAGAGAGGGGUGCAUGUUCCACAUUGCCAGAUAUUGUUUCCCAGUUGACACCUCACCCAGGGAUGAAGCUGGUAACUUUUAAGAGUGCUCCUCAUACUUCGAAAGAAACUGCACCAUACGAAAGCAGUUUCCUUUGGGAGAAUUUAAUACAGCAUCUGCUACAAUCAUUUCGUGUGAGCUCUGUUGGAGGGCAUAUCAUGAGUGACUAUGAAUGUAAAGCUCCAUCGCGUCAUUAUAGUUCUCGCUUUUCAGAAAUGAAAUUUUCCCCAUGCAUAUCAAAUAUGCUUUUUACAAGAGGGCCAAUGCCAGAAUUAUCACGAACAGAGAGAGCUAUGUUAUGUGAUCCCCUAAUGUACAAAAAGUGGGUUCCUGCCUCAAUGAGGUAUGUCCACUGUCACAGCAAUAAAAGAUUAAUGGGGACUGAAAAGUUUGCCACCCUUGCAUCUAACAAUAUGUUGAUGUUUGUCCCAAUUGAUGAGGUACUUGACAAGGCAUGGAAUAUGUAUACAUACAAAGCAUAUUUACACCAGUACAAGAAGUACAAUGUAACAGAGGAUGAUUUUAUUGUGGCCUUUGCUAAAUUAGAAAGUAUAGUCAAAAUGUACAAAGAUAUAGGAUAAUCUAUUUCUGGAAUUUGUUACUGAUCUUUUUUUUCCACAGAAAAACAUACUAAAGAAAAUUUCCAUAAGGGCAUAAUUGUUUUUCUUGUAAUGAAAUGUGUGUUGUAAAUGUAGCACACCAUUAUACAAUAUACUUUCUUCAUAUAAAUGUAGUAUAGUAUUAAACAAUAUACUUUCUGCAUAGUACCAUUCUAAACAAUACUGACAAAGGGAAAUUACUGUUGUGUAUAUAAGCUAUGUCAACAGAGAAAGAUGUUUGCUGUUUUAUUUUGU